CUAGCGAAGAAGCCUCAGCAGUUACACUUGCCAAAGCGGCUCCCGUUAGCCAGCAGGGUUACACUUUCAGCAUCCAUCGCUUUUUCUUUUAGAGCCCCAGUCGCUCUGUCUCUCGCGUUGAAAAUGGGAUUUUCUUGAACGUAACUUAACAGCGGGCAGCAGUUGUUGUUGGACCGGCGUUUCUGUCUUUCUUUUUCUUUUUUUUUCUGCGCCUCCUCGCAGCGGAUUUACAAAGCAGCCUCUCCGGAGCCUGCGAUGACAUCCAGCACCCUGGACAGAGACUAAGCGUUUCAGCACCCUGGACAGAGACUCGCCUCGCCGUCCUCCGGAGGCUGUGGAGAGGCACGUGGCAAAAGGAGGGGGGGGACGAUGGAUCUUCAGCCCAGUGUAAGAGCCUCCCCCCGGGGAAGCUGGCGUCAGACGCGAGGCCUCACGGGCCGUUGACCUGCUGUCUCUGUGAUUUAUGGCGGCUGGAGGCCUCUGGCCACUGCUGACUCCUCUCCUCUCUUUCCUCCAUUUCCCUUCACACACACUGCAGGACUGCACGGAGCCACACACACUGCACCACCAUCUACAGGAGUAUCCGAAGAGGGAUUCCUCGCACAUGCUGAACCGCAGCGCACACGUGCAUCUAUCCACCGCUUCCCACACUGUCUCAUACAAACACAAGCACCUCCAUAAACAUUCGUACAGCGCGGCGCCGUGUCCGACCCUACCGGCACAGGUUCAUUAGACCAAGCCUGCUCUCCCUCCAUUUGACUGCGUGUGGAUUACAAUCAGUCAUGGUGUGUCAGCUGUAAAGCCCUCGGUGUAGCUGCUGCUCAGGGGCAGAGCUGGAUCAAUGGAAGUGCGCUGAGUAACGAUGUGAUGUUCCUGUUUUCACAUGGUCUGAGAGUAAUCAGCAGCCAGCAUCUCCCCGCUGACCCCCCCACAGGGCUUUGCUUCUACAUUGCAAUAAUCGUCCACCUCUACGGACUAUUAGUGCAGUGACUUGUAGUAUUAUUUCAGUAUUAGACAUGCUGUAGCUAGAGAGUUCGUCCCGUGCACGGAAAGUCUAUCAGAGCACCUAAACCCAAUAAGUAAGGUUUUCAGUGUACGUAGUACACUUUACAUCCUGGACUACCUUAGUUUUUACUUUUGACAGACUGUGGAGUGAGAGCCAACAGGUGCCCUCACCAUGGUGUUGCCGCCUCCAGACAAACGCCACGUGUGCCUGACCACCAUCGUCAUUAUGACCAGCAUGGCCUUCAUGGACGCCUACCUGGUGGAGCAGAACCAGGGCCCCAGAAAGAUCGGUGUGUGUAUCAUAGUGCUGGUGGGGGAUGUAUGCUUCCUCAUAGUGCUGCGGUACGUGGCAGUGUGGGUCGGGGCUGAGGUGCGCACCGCCCGGCGAGGAUACGCCAUGAUCCUUUGGUUUCUGUACAUCUUUGUACUGGAGAUUAAACUCUACUUUGUUUUCCAGAAUUGCAAGGCCGACAGAAAGAGUCUGGAGACGGUGGCACGUAAAGCUUUGACGUUACUAUUAUCUGUGUGUGUGCCAGGUCUGUACUUGGUUCUAGUGGCUCUGGAUAGUAUGGAGUAUGUGAGAACUUUCCGGAAGAAGGAGGACAUGAGGAGUCGUCUGUUCUGGGUGGCUCUGGACCUGCUGGACCUGUUGGAUAUCCAAGCCAACCUGUGGGAGCCCCAGCGGACAGGCCUGCCCAUUUGGGCCGAGGGCCUGAUGUUCUUCUACUGCUACAUCCUGCUGCUUAUCCUGCCUUGUGUGUCGCUAAGUGAAAUCAGCAUGCAAGGGGAACACAUGUCGCCCCAGAAGAUGAUGCUGUACCCAGUCCUAAGCCUGGUCACCAUAAAUGUCGUCACGAUCCUCAUACGUGGUGUGAACAUGGUGUUGUUUCAGGACAGUCGCGUUUCGACCAUCUUCGUUGGCAAGAACGUGGUGGCCAUCGCCACCAAGGCGUCCACCUUCCUGGAGUACCGCAGACAGGUGAAGGAGUUUCCCCACCCGCAGAACGCCAUGGCGCUCGAGCUGCAGCAGAACUCGGUCAGCCACACGCAGCCGCUGCCCAACGCUACCAGUUUGCCACACGAACCUUCGCCAGCGCAGGACGUCAUCGACACAUGACCGUCAGCGCCGGACUCGACGCUAGAAACUGUUUGAAAGCUCCAAGACAGAAGGAUAGCAAAUAGAGAAAUCAGCUGCAUGACAGGAUGAUAUUCUGCUCUUGUCAAGCCCACGUGAACUGCUGUGAAACCAUAAGAGAUUUUUAGCAUUACCUGCCUGUCAGAACACACUGUAAACCCACACUAGACUCUGAGUGCAGCGUGCAAACUUUAAAAGUCAAAAGGAAAGUUUUUAUUGUGCUAUUGUGUUUUUAAUUGUUUCAGAAGUUUUAAAAGUUCAAACUUUAUUAAGAGACAAUCUCCACACUGCGCAGCCCGCUGACAUUAUGUUGUGUAAAAUGGACAGCUGGUUCCCACUCAGCAAAUAUUCUUGUAUUUUUUAAAGGUCACUUUUUUGACAGCGCAUCUGUGGCAUUUCCUUUGAAUUCCAGCACCAAAGGACGCACCACUCAGCGUGAAGCGCUGAUGGAGAGGAGGAGCGGAGAGGGACGCGGGUCAGUCAUGAGGGGCCGUCAGCGCCGUGUUGUACUAGAACAAGGUUGGUGGCGUCUGUGUCUGGUUCUGCUGAGGAAGGAGCUGUGUGGAAGCUGCUGCCUCGGUCAGUGCACAGCUUUACGACCAAAGGUCUGAUUAAAGCACCGGCGCACAGCACUAUACCAUCCACUGCAGGCGUCCAAGUGUGUGUUUCAUUGUGUGUGUCCACACACACACAGACACACACACGCAUCUAUAACGUAUGCUGAAUUCUUGAGUAUUCGCCACAGGAGGUUUCGAUUAUUUCAUGUUGUUUCGGAACAGAUGCGAGUGGUUGAUGAACUGCGAAUGAGAUGUAUGCAGCGAUGUCAGACACAAAACAAGAUGAGGAGGAGGGGAGGGGACGUGCUUUUUGUUUCUUGUACUGUACAUUCCUCUAAAACUAGCUCAAGCCUUGAAAGAAUGCAGAGUUUAGAGUCCUGAAGGCGCAUCACAAAAUACAUAAAUACAAUAACAUAGAAAAGAAAAGUUCUGUUAAUUAUUAUUAUUAUAAUUAAUAUUAUUAUGUACAUUCUUUACAUGUUGGAGGCCAAUGAUGUUUUAAUAAAAGUAUAAAUGAAAGCGUAA